AUGGCCGUGAUGAUGGUGGCAAAGCUGGUCUGUUAUGUACUGUUUCUCUUUGCAUUUGUUGUAAAUAGACAUUCUUUGCAUUUUAUUGUUGGGCGUGGAAAGCUAAUUCUAAAAGCUUUUGUUUCUCUAUACAUAAGUGUCCUCAUCAAUCCUGCAGCCUGCUCGGCUGUCUCUAAAGCAGUAGCAAGCAGGAACGGAUUUGGGCAGAAAAGCUCUGUUACCAAGGUUUCCGGAUCUGAAAUCAAGAAAGAAUUGCAAAUUGCACAAGUUAGUAAGAUUUUGCCCAAUGUUUUGAAUGUUUAUGCGCAAAUCAGAAAGAGAGAUACAAUUUCGAGAUAUUCUGAAAGAAGAAGAGAUACUGAUACUUUUGGCAUAUCGUUGCGUAUAUCCUUAGCAGAUUUGAUCACCACCACCAAAGCUUCAAGCAAAACCUACACAAAUUACCUAAAAACAGCUUGCAAUUCUACCUUAUAUCCACAACUUUGCUUCGAGUCCCUCUCUUCUUACACCUCCACCAUCGAAACCGAUGACCUCAAACUAUGCAGCGCAGCGUUAACUGUGACCUUAGAUGCUGCUAGCAACACAUCAUCCUUAGUAAAAUCUAUAUCAAAGCAAAGGGGUUUGAGCAAGACUGAAGCUGGUAUUGUUAAAGAUUGCAUCGAUGAAAUGAGAGACUCCAUCGAUGAGCUGAACCAAUCUUUCAAGGCUUUAGGCAGCUUAAAAGGUUCUGAUAUUGAAUUUCAGAUUUCGAGCAUAAGAACAUGGAUGAGUGCCGCGAUAACGGAUGAGAAUACCUGCACAGAUGGAUUUGAUGAUAGGAAAAUAAGCGAUGAAGUGAUGAUCGAGAUCAGGAAGAGUAUAGCGAAUGUUGCUAUGCUGACUAGCAAUUCUUUGGCUCUUAUUAAUAAACUUCCUUAUUAG